GAACAUUGCAAACAAAGAGCUGGAAUAACAGAAGUAGACCGGGUGCAGAUAUAAUAGAAUAACUCUGGGUUUUAGUAUGGGCAGUCUUUGCUGCUGAUGUUGGUCUAGCUGGUAGUCUUGUUCAGGAAGCGCCCCUUCAUUGCAGCAGCUGGGAAGAAUAUCAAAGUCACACAGAGGUUUCUGUUAGUGAGGGUGGAGGGAAGCAAGCCCUGAGAAUGAUUUUAUCAUUUAUUUAAUAUUUCAGACGCCUAGAUGAAUUCCUUUGAUUACUUCACCUAAUGCUUCAAGUGAAGCUCAGAGAGCAGAGCAUUGGUUGUAAAGUGUGGUGGAAUUGCCACAGAAAUAAGCUGGUGAAAGGAACAGUUGUAAGGAGGGAAGCACAAGGCAUACAAGAGAGAAGGGCUAAAUGAGAGAGAAAAAGAGGCAGAGAAGGGGAAGUUACAGCAGCUAGAAAGGGGAGGAAGUGGGAGACCUGCUGCUUCCUGUAGACAGAAUGAUGAUUGAAGACAAAGCUGGGUGUGGACUCGUCUCACAGGGCUGCUGCCUACACAGCUGGUAAGCUUGGAUUCUCCUGCAUAUUUAACCAAUUUUAAGAAGAGAAGAGUGAAUAUCUGUUCACAGUUUAAUGAACAAGAGAUCAAAUGGCUAGCAACAAUACAGCAGGCAUAGCACAAGCCAGAAAGAUGGUGGAACAACUAAAAAUGGAAGCCAACAUUGACAGAAUAAAGGUAUCCAAAGCAGCAGCAGAUUUGAUGGCUUACUGCGAAGCCCAUGCUAAAGAAGAUCCUUUACUGACACCAGUUCCUGCAUCGGAAAACCCCUUUAGAGAGAAGAAAUUCUUUUGUGCUGUCCUGUAAAGUCUCAUGCAGCCUGAAAAUCAGGCUGUUCUGAACAAUGAUGUUGAAUUUUACUAAUGUGGACACCUUUCUGUCCACAGAAUUUUUAGCAAAGCCUGGAAGCUACAGGGAUGUGCAUGUUUAAAGAAUCUUGUCAGCUUAUUGGGAAUGGAAGCAGAAGAACUACCUUGUGAAAAUAGAGAUUCUAAAACAGCUUAGAAUGAAACAGUGUAGAGAUGUGUAACAUUUUUUGCUCUUGCAAAGACCAUAAAUUAUGUUUGAUAGUUUGAUGUCUAAAGUAUGACAGUUGUUCUAAGAAAGGUAAAUACUGAGGAUAAUGUAUAAUUUUAUUGGAAUGAUAAUUGUUGUUCUUCAAAAUAAUUUUAAUUUAAGUGGCAAAAGUAUACAAAUAAGAUAGAUUACUGUGGUGUUGUACCUUAACAUUUGGUUAUGUGCUUUUUGCAUUAGAGUAGCACAAUGAUAUGCUGGACUUUGCUUUGAGAGCUGAUUUUCAAGGAAGAGAAAUGUUACUAACAAGCAUUUGGCAAAUGGAGUGUCAUUUGCAAACCAUCAAAGCUGGCAGCUUGUGUAUUUUCUUAAACUCUUAGUGCUCCUCCAACAUUUGUGUAUAGUUGCUUAUAGUUUCUGCUAGUACACGUAACAUGUGCUAUUUAGUGAUCCUAAUAUUUGUGAUAGCAACAAAAGAAUUGCAUGGAAAUGUUCCAGCCGUUUCUCUUUUAAUUGAUUUUAGUUUAGAUGAUCAAAAAUGAUGCAAUGUAAAUAUAUAGAACACAAGGUUUUAAUUUCAAAUUCUAACUGCUAAUGAAGCACAGCCUAUUUCUUAACAGCCCUGUUCUCUCACUAAUGCUUGUGAACACUAUACGAAAUAUGUGUCAUUAAACCAUUUAUAUAAACAGUUUAUACCAAAUUAAACAUUGUAAUAUAACAAAUGUUUUACUGGAAGUAAAACUUGCAUGCAAACAGUAGUACAUAGACAUACAUGACAAUGUUUGAAAAGCAAGACCAAUUGUCAAUAAGUAGCUUUGUAUACAAGGAACUGAAAAAAAGACCAGUUGACAAAAUUUCUAUUAGUUCGUAAAUUUAACAAAAUUAAGCAAUUUUAGAAACAAAAAGAAUUCAUCCCUUAAUGCAAUCUUUCUGUGUAUGUUUUUUACCCAACUCAAACAGCAGUAAAGAUUAUUGGACAGUGUAAUGUGCAGAUGAACAAACAGGUCUCAACUUCUGUGAAUAAUCAGAUAAUUUUACCUCAGACUGUUUCACCGCCUUUUAACAAACAUUUUUGAUAUUUUCAGAUAUGUAUUUUUACUCAAUUGCUAAUUUUCUUAGAUCUGCAUGUACCAACAUCUGCCAUUACACUGCCAAACAAGCCCUCUGCUUCAUUCCCAGUUCAAAUCAAAGGAGUGACUUACCAUUGUAUUAGACCCAUAUUAGCACAGAAGAGUAAGAGUUAUCAUUGAACAAAUACAUUAACCAAAGUAGCUACAUUGAAAACAUUACAAAAUAAGAAAGACUGACAUGUAUGACUAUGGCUUGUUGAGCUAAAUUUUCUCUAAAUUGUGUUCAUGGCAGCAGUGAGUUGUAGUGCCUAAAUGAGUGUCCAGGAAUGCUAAUCUGAUAGUGAGAAUAAAAGGGAUGUGUGAAUUUUCUUAAACUGAGUGCAUUGUAAAAAUGUGUAUUGUAUUUCUGGUUGUAUACCCUUGUUAGCUUUGUAUAGGGAAAUUUGAACAAAGUCUGAUGUAUUGCACAUUUUCAUGCCAUGUGAACAAUGUAUCAGUUUUAAAUAAAACCUUCAGAACAUUUCACUUACAA